AUGAAGUCUGGGUCAGUACUUGCAACCGUCGGCUGUCGAGACAUCCAGUUGUUGGACGAGACGUACCACGUGACGUACUCCAAGGACAAGAUGACUGCCAAUUUGAAAUGCAAGGUCGACGAAAGGUCAUGGACACUCGUGUGCAACAACAAGAGUGGCUGGCAAGGAUUUGUUGGCAACUGCACGUCGCAUUCGAACGUUGUGGGCAGCGGCAGAUCCGUCAUGAAGGAUUCUGAUUCAGGUGUUUUGUCGACGGCCAGCCUCUCAUACUCGAAGUUGAAAGUUACUUCAGGUAACAUGUGUCUCGUGAGAUACUCUUGCUGA